AGUAAAAACUGUCAAAAUAAAUUAACUUUUACAAAUACCUGCUGAUGCUAAAAGACAUUAAAACGAAAAUGAACAAACUAUACAACUUUUCUUUUGUUGGUGAUUUUCCCAUGUUUGACUCGUCAGAUCCUGGUAAAUCUAUAUUUGCCCUAGAAAACAAUGAUUUACAAUCUCUAUCUCAUGAAAUAUAUUUUUCUCCUGAUGAUCACUGCAGAGCUGGAUGUGGCCUUAAAGAUAAUUAUAAAGGAAAUAAUGAUAUCCAGUCCCUAUUUGAUGAGAUAUAUUUUUCUUCUGACGAGUAUUUCACGACCAUUGGCGGCAUGAAGAUAUAUUGCAAAGGUAAAAUAGUAGCAGAUACCCUACCCAUGAAUGUUAGCGACAGAAAGCCCGAGAAAGUACCGAAAUCGUCAGAUUCCAUUUUUGAGGAAAGUGAAGUUAUAAAUUUAUACUAUUCGAAUGAAAAUCCACUCAAGGAAAGAAAAGGCAAAUAUUCGUGUAAGAUUGGAAAGGAAAACAAACACGGCAAAAGAAGGAGAAACACGCGAUCAAAUUAAACUCGCUUUCGGACGUAGUGUUUAUUUUGUGUUUUUUUAUUUAUUCGUGUAUUUGAUAUUGUUUGAUUUGUAUAUAUUUUGGUUUCAGUAAAUUAUAUUUGUAGUCUAAAAGUCUAAAA